CACAAAUUAAGCGUAGAAGAAGAAAACCCACCCAUAACAUAACGUCACUUCCUUUGACCGCAGACUUUGCAACAAUGUGGCCCCUGAUGGUAACGUCACUGUUUGUCCGUUGUCAACGUGUGGCUGCUUCACCUUUAAACCUCAGGUUGUGCAGGACAUUGAAUUCACCACCAGAGAACCAGCAGACCGUGCAGACUCUUUAUGAUCUCUCAGUGGACAUCCAGAAGGUCCGCAAAUUAAAGGGCUGGGUGCUACAUCAAAGCCCAGCCUAUGCUGAGGAGAUAUCUAUCAUACUGAAGAACAUGGGGGCCUCAGAGUCUAUAGUCGCCAAUAUUUUGGGAGUAUAUCCUGAAGCUGUCCUCUGUCACCCAGAGCAGAUGCAGACUCAGAUGGAGUUGUGGAGGACUGUGUGUCAAAACAAAAAGGAUCUGGUUGGUAUAAUUGAGAAAUUUCCUGCCUCCUUUUUCACUCCUUCCAGUGAUCAUGAGAACCAGCGGCAAAACAUUGACUACUUUCAGAGUUUAAAAUUAAACAAGCGAAUCAUCACCAAACUCAUGGCCUGCGCCCCUCAGAGUUUCAGCCGACCUGUAGAAGAGAACAAGGCGAUGGUCCACGCCCUGCAGGAGGCCUACCUGGAGCUGGGAGGUGAUGAGGCCAACAUGAAGAUUUGGCUUCAGAAGCUGAUGAGCCAAAAUCCAUUUGCUCUGUUGAAACCACCAGAGUUGCUGAGGCAGAACAUAAUGUUUCUCAGAGACAGAGGGUUUACCUCUGCUGAGCUUCUCCACCUCAUCUCUAAGCUCAAGGGCUUUGUCACUGAGCUGAACCCAGGCGGCAUGUGUCAAAGCCUGGCAUACUCCCAGGGCAUUAUGGGCUGUUCUGAAAAAGAGCUACGGGACAUUGUCUUUAACUGCCCUGCUCUUCUUUAUUACCCUGAAACUGUUCUGGCUGAGCGUUUUGCUGCACUCCUAAAAGCUGGGAUCAGUAUGUCUCAAAUUAUGGAGACUCCAACUGUCCUGGAGUUGACCACACAAAUAGUGAAUUACCGCAUCCAACAACUGAAGACAUUUGGUUAUGAUGUAAGGUCAGGUAGUCUUGAGGCCCUUAAUGGUACCAAGAAGAACUUUGAGAUGAGCUAUGAAAAACUACAAAUUCGUAAAGAAAGGCCCCUUUUUAAUCCUGUUGCUCCAUUAAAAGGAGAUGACUGACUACUGGUGUAAACUUAACCUCACCUGUAAGUUGAUAAAUAUCUAUUACACUAAGAAGGACAGUGAUUUAACCUGCUUUUUGAAAAAAACCUCAACUGUGUUGUGGUGGAAAACACAUCGCUGUGUUUGAUAAUAUAAUAUAAUAAUAUUUUUAGGAUGUUUUUUUUUACAUCUACCUCUACUUGAUAGUUAUCAAAAAGUAUGAUCUUGAAUGAAUUUUGUUUUAUCCUGCAAAUACUGUUAAAAUGGAAAACUGACUGUACUGAUGUGAUUUGUGAAAUGUUUGUAUGUGAUUAAAGUGUUUCAGAUUUAUUGUCCACUCACCAGUAAUAUUUCCUCUUAUGUCAUAGUUGGCGUCAGCAGCAAAGGGGAAGAUGAUGCAAAUAAUCCCCCUUUUUUAAAAUAUACAAGUUACUUGUACACAUCCUCACAUAAAUUCAGUGCACACUGAGAAGUGCCGACCUGUCCAUCAAAUGCAUCACUGACGGCAAACCAAACUUUUUAACCCAUUUUAUUUACUGCCCUGGUGAGUGCCUCAUUUUCACACCAUGUACUUGGCUGGGUAAUGUUCGCCUCAGGCAGGAAAUCUGAACUGUGUCUGCAAUUUUUUAUUGUUACUUUAUAGUAGCAGACUCUUUAUUACCCACUAUCUCACCACUGAAAUGUCACCUUGUCAUUCGAAAUGAAUUUGAGUGCAGCUACGUUUGAUUGGAAAAAUGGACGAAAGUGAGUUUGUUUUGGUCUGAACAGAAAGAGCACUCAAAGUACAGACACAUGUACAAGGCACUGUUCAAAGUUCAAGCAUUUUAGAUCAUUGGUGUUAGAUAGAUAGAUAGAUAGAUUCAUCCAUCCAUCCAUCUAGAAAAUCUCCGCUGGACAUUGAACUAUGCUCAAGAAAGUGUAUUUAUGGGAACAGGGUAAUGACAUCGUUGUUUCAUGCCUUAAGGUUCACUCACCCUCAUACAAAUAAAGAGGGGACUUGUGUGUCCACAGGGAGGAGACAAUGACUUUAAAAACUUUUACAUCUUGCCUCCUGCUAGUAUCUGCACAGCCUCAUAUAGAAUGGCCAGUGGGGGAAUGAUAAAGAAUGAAUAUGACUCUUUGUGGAUUCCAAACUGUCACAUGGACACAUUUUCCGAUCAUUCAAAGGGUGGCCAUGGGGCCUCAGGUGUUUAGAGUCACCUUCUUUCUCACCCACUCUUUAAUCUUGUACUAUGCUUUAAAUCAAACAGAGAUGACAGAAAAUACAUUACACACACUGUACGUAUAUUUCCCCAAAUGUAAUCGUUAAUUUAGUUUUGGCCUUUUACAAAAGUGCAAAAAAUAUGCAGCAAUCCAACUAAUCUAAAGGUUCGUUUUACCCCUUAGUUCAAUACAAAUCUGGUUCGAUUCCCGGUCGAUGUUUCAGUAUUUUGUAUGUUGCUCCGUGUCCCGGCUCAAAAACCUGCUCAUUAGUGGAUUAGGGUAAACGGGGUCCCUAAAUUUAACGCAGGUGGUGCCCCCCUCGCUUGUUGACAAUUAGGUUUGGCUCUAGCGCCCCCAAGCGAUUAUUCCAGUUUGAGCUGCUGUAAAGACGGUCAUUAAAGAACACUACCCUAAAUCCCACUGUUUAAUGAGGCUUAUACUGCAGGCAGUAGUUCUUCUUGGUUAUUAUUAGGGAGGGCGUUAUCGGUAAACCAGUGUCUUGUUAUUUGCAAAACCUCAUCUGUUUUGAUAAAACUAAAACCAGUCCGGAUUUUUUUCAAAUUAUGCUGCUCGUUUAGUUUUUCCUAUUAAACCCAUCAAUCGGGUUGUUAUAAAGUCACUGAGCACACAAAACUCGGCUUGUCCCGCGACUUAAAAUAAAUACUGUUAAAACCAUCUAAUCACAUAUUACACAUUUCUCUAAAAAGUCAGUGGUAAAAUAAAAUAUUGACUUUCUGGUUAAAUAUAUGAAAGAGUGAACUUUGUACAGCAAGCGUUAACAGUUAAUGUAAUUAUAUUUGACCUUUUGCGCUGGGUAUAAGGCUCUGUUAAAUUCAUAGAUGUACAUGUAUAUGUAAACUUUUUAAUCUAUGAUUUGUUCCUUCCUUUCAGUUUAUCCUUAUGUUAUAAUUAUAACGUAACGUCCAAUGUUUUAGAGGAUUAACAUUCACAUUUAAUACUUCAUAUUUUUACCUUUUACCGUAAAUUAUUUUUCCCGUGCAUAGUUUUUGUAACAAACUGGAAAUUGAUCGGACAUCUUUUCUCAUUGUCUCUCUGCCGA